UAAAUAAAAAAGUACAAUUCUUUUUGUCUGUCUCCUGCUGCAUGUCUUCCAUAUUUGUUUUGUAAACAACUUAGGUCAUACGUCUUUCUAACCCGGAUACCACUUAUAUUAUUUAGUUAAUAUUUUCAAAAGAACUUAGGAUAUCUUAAAGUCAUGAGUAAGAAGAAGAAUAUGGCAAUUGAUUUCCAAGAUAACAUGAUAUUGUUAACAAGAAAAUAUUUAAAACGCAAAAUAAUGUGUCCUGAAACAAAAUUUAGACAUCACAUUAAAGAACGUUUACACAUAUUGGAUUUAUUAAAACGGACGGUUGAAAUGGGUGAAAGUAAUUCUGCAUUACUAAUUGGUCCUAGAGGCAGUGGAAAAACUACACUCAUCAACAGUGUCUUAGUAGAAUUGUCCACUUUGAAGUUUUUUAAAGACAAUGCACUAAUAGUAAAUCUGCAUGGUUUAGUACAUACCGAUGAUCGUAUAGCAUUAAAAGAUGCUACACGUCAAAUGCAAUUAGAAAAUGUAGUAGGUGAUAAAGUCUUUGGCACAUUUGCAGAAAAUUUAAGUUUCCUAUUAGAAUGCUUAAAGUCUGGAGACAAAAAACAUUCUAAACCAGUUAUUUUCAUACUAGACGAGUUUGACUUGUUCUGUGCGCAUCAUAAUCAAACUCUAUUAUAUAAUCUUUUUGAUGUUGCUCAGUCUGCACAAGCUCCUAUCUGUGUAUUGGGUAUAACAUGUAGAUUGGAUGUUAUAGAACUUUUAGAGAAAAGGGUUAAAUCAAGAUUUUCACAUAGGCAAAUAUUUCUUUUUCCUGGUGAUACAUCAUCCACUGAAAAACCAACAUCUGCUUUUGAUGAUCGUUUAGAGCUUUUUCAACAUCUUCUUAGUUUACCGGAUGAUGAAAAUGUAAAUAGAAUAGAGCAACAAUAUGACGAUUGUACAAUAGAUCCACAUUUUGGUUCAAUGUGGAAUGAAUAUAUUAAAAGUUUAACUAGUAAUGUUACAAUGGUAAACUUGUUAAAAAGAAUGUAUCAGAUCGAUAUUAGUGAGAGAAGUUUCAGAAGUUUUUUAGCAGUUGCUGUUUCAACAUUAUCCGAGAAGCAUCAGAAAUUAGAAGUAAACGAUUUUGUAGAAGCAAGUAAAAUAUUUUCUCAGGAUGAUAAAAUAUUAAUGCUUGAAGGUUUAUCUGUACUAGAAAUGUGUUUAAUCAUAGCCAUGAAACAUGAAACAGAAAUAUAUGAUGGUGAACCAUUAACUUUUGAAAGUAUCUACAAUCGAUAUAUUAAAUUUACGAAUCAAAAUUCUUUCAUUCACUCUGUUCAAAGACCAGUUAUUAUGAAAGCAUUUGAACAUAUUAAGAAUCUAGAAUUUAUAGUACCUGUAAGUAGUGCAAAUACAAGAAUUGAGAAAGAAUAUCAAAGGUAUAAAUUUUCUUUGACAUCUCAACAAGUAAUGGAUGCUGUCAAAAAUUAUCCAGGACUUCCUACAGAAGUCUCCCAAUGGGCAUUAAGCAGUCUAUAAUGAAAAUUUGCCAUUCUAAAAAAUUUAUGCUAAGACUUUUCAAUCUGUAAUUCCAUUGUAUUUUUAUGUAUCUUAUGUGUUGUUUUCUUUAGUAAACUUGUAUCAUGUAAAAAUAAUUUCUUUACGAAGGAAAUUAAGAUAGUAUAUAUGAUAUAUUUAUGUAUCAUUCGUAUUAACAUAUUUAUCAAUGUACAUUCUUGUUUUAUAUUUCAUAAUGACUUUAAUAACUAAUAUGAUAUUUCAACUUGUUUGUUUCUUAGAGAUCAAUUUUUUCUCAUAAUACAUAUCAAAUAUUAUAUUUAAAAAUUGUAAAUAUAUUUUAUGUUUAUCUUUUAUCUAACAAUAAGCAUUCUACCAAAGUCUUAUGAAAUAUGUAAUUGUUGUAAUUUACUAGUUAAUUCCUGCCACAAAAUUCAAUAUAAAACGUCCAUUAUAAUCAAACGUGAUAGUUAAAUUAUAUGUAAAUCAAGAAAUUUUGAAACAAGAAAAAAUGUUUUAAUUGGAAGUAUAAUCAAUUGUUAUAGUUAUAUUAUUUUUACAAAUAUCAUAAAAAUAAUCAAGCAAAAUCGUAUAAACUAAAUACUACGCGAACUUUGUUCUUCCUAUUUAUUAAUAUGUGUAAUUAAUAAUUGUAAGAAAGAAUGUGAAAAAAUUUGAAUAUUUAUUACAGAAUGUGUAUUGGUUGUAUAUGUUGCCUUGAAGCAUGUAUGAGAUACACAUAAAAAAUGUUUAUACAUUUUUAAUAAAUUUAUAUUAACACGAGAAA